GGCGACUCUGGCUAACCAUUUAUAAGCAACGCUUGACAUCGUUGCAGACAUCAGUUCUCAUCUUCCCUUCAUUCUUCUACUACAUACCAGAAACACAGCCCAGUCAUGAAAGCCUUCAUUAUCCUUUGCACCGUCGCUUUUGUAAGCGCUGGCCAACGAGGUGGUUAUUCAGGUGGUGGCGGUGGCGGUGGUGGGGGCUACUCAGGCUCUGGGGGAUAUUCUGGCGGUGGUGGUGGUGGGGGGUACUCUGGGGGCAGCAGUGGUGGAUAUAGUGGGGGUAACUCGUUUUCAUCCGGGGGAGGAGGUAGCUUCGGAGGUUUUGGAGGGUCAGGAUUUGGGGGAGGUUCCGGUGGGGGCGGCGGCGGCGGUGGUGGACAAGUCUUCAGACACGUCUAUGUUCACUCUGCACCUGAUGAAGCGUCCGAUUCUCAAUCCCGAGUGAUCCGAGUCCCCGGGGGAGGAGACAAACACGUCAACAUCGUCUUCGUCAAGGCUCCCUCUCAAUCUUCCUCCCAACAAACCGAGGUCAUCCUCCCAGAACAAGGAGAACAAAAGACCCUCGUCUACGUCCUUCUCAAGAAGGGACCCAACUCUGCUGAUGUCAAGAUCCGUCGCCCAGCCGCAUCUGCCCCAUCCAAACCCGAAGUUUUCUUCAUCCGGUACGCCAACGGUGGAGCUGGAGGUGGUGGUUCCGGAUUUGGAAAUGGUGGAGGUGGAUUUGGAGGGGGUGGUUCUUCCGGAGGCCUUUCUACUGCCUACGGUCAAUAAGAAGCAGUCGUCCUAUAUACUAAGUCAUCCAUAUCAUUUCGGGAUAGUCUCACUUAUCAUCAUGUCUUAUCGGCAUGCUUGUUUUAGCUGAGAUUGCCUGAACCCUACAAAAUUAUGUGUCGUUACCUAUGAUUUUUACUAUGUGUUUUUUUCUGUUCACUACAACAUAUGUCUUUCUAGUCUUACUUUUACAUCUUUCCGAAGAUGAGAACUGGUUCUUAAAUAAUUUUUUUUAUUAAGUAGUGUGGUAGCUAAUUUGGUAAGAGCAGCACCAAAAUGAUAGAUAUUUCCUUAUACAAUUUCCCAUAUCCAUCUCCAAAUAAAGGAUUAUUUUCCCACUAAAAAAACA